AAAGCUAAUAUUUUCCAAAAGAAAAAGGCAAAAUUCAAAAUUACCGGAGGAUGGCGCAGAACGAACGGAAGGGAGGAGUUGUGAAGAGGGACAAGGCGGAUAAGUGGAACCAUGUAGAGACGGCUCGGUACUUUAGGGAUUUGCAGGAAAACGAGGUGCGAACGAUGCAUUAUUUGGGGCUGGCCUACGUGGUUUUAUCCCGUCGCCCAAAUUUGCAAUUGAAAGUUCCUCUGUCCACUCAAAACUAUGAAGAUGGAGCCACUGUGGGAGCGGGGGAGCGAGGAGGCUAUGCCCUCCAGUUGGUCUUCACCUGUGCUGCGAAUUAUCCACUCGCAAGGCCGCUGGUGGAGAUCGUGGAGAAGCGCAAUGUGAGCGACGCCUUUGAGAAGGUUCUCCGCAAAGAGAUUGACCUGAUUUUGGAGCAACAUCUUGGCCUCCAGAUGAUUGUGCCGGUGGUGACCCGGCUGCAAAUCACGCUGAAUACCGAGAUUAAAAGGCUGCGCUUUUAAAUAAGGUCACCCAUAAGUUGUUUUUUGCCACAUUAUGCGUAACAGUUAUUUGUGGUCAAUUUUAAGUAC